UUGCAACUCCUUUUUCGCUCUUUGGUAACGCAGAGAGCGAGGAACAUGAAGAUGUGCAAAUGGAAGAUCGGAAGAGUGAUGAAGAAUCUUUGGAUGCCAUUAGAAAAACCUAUGAAGUAACGGAUCAAACCACGAGUCACGGGAUAGGAUCUACAUCCGGUCCAAUGUUUUUUUUUCAUUUUGGAGAUGCUGCACUGUCUACAAGAUCACAUUAUAGAGAUUUAAAAACUUUUAUGCGAACUACCUCAAUGGAAGAAAUAAUAUCACAUUGGCAAAAUACGUCACGUGAUAUGACUAUUGAAUACAAACGUAAACAUAAAUCAGCAUCAAGAAAAUUGAUCAAAAUGAAGCAUAGAA